AUGGAUGUAAACGCCACAUCCAGCUCUCAGAUCCCCACUAUGCAUGCUGACGCUCUGUGUGGCAGCUGCUCGCCCUCUGGUUCUGCUCCACAGACCGCCGGCCUGUGGCCCACCCUGCCGCCGUCUGGAUCUGGGUUCCCCACCUGGCCGGGGCAGCCCUCUCAGCCUGUUGUACCGUGCUGGACCGGCCAGCCCAACACCUCCUGCUGGCCCGCUGCACAACCAGCUCCGGUUACCUUUCCUGCUCCGGUUUCAGUCACGGCCCCGGCUCAGGUUAUAGCACCACCGCCGGCACCGACCACAACCCUGGUCCCAGCUCAGCUUCCAGCUCCCACAGGGCAGCCGUCAUGUCAGCCGUGCUGGCCGGGCCCUCAGUACCAGCCUCUCCAACCACCGCCAGCUCCAAUCCAAGCCCAAGUCCCAACCCCGGUCCCUGCUGUGACACCUGCUGCCAGCAUCCACCCAAGUGUGCCCGGUUGGCCUGCUCACCCUGGCUGGCCUUAUAACCCGGGACAGUCAGGAUGGCCCGGACAGAAUCCAUCUGUCGUACCUCUACACUGGCUGCCACCCACAUCUGGACCUCUUAGCGUCCCGUACAACUUGAAUUUGGCUCGGGGGGUGUAUGACAAGAUGAUGAUGACCAUCCUGGGUCAUGUCAAACCCAACGCAAAGAUGUUCACAAUAAACUUCCUGAGAGGGAACGAUAUUGCCUUUCACAUCAACCCACGCUUCAACGAAGGCGGGAAGCAAGUGGUGGUCCGGAACCACAAGGUGGGAGAGCGCUGGGGCCUAGAAGAGAGGGACCUGAAGGGACCCUUCCCUUUCGCUGUUGGAAGCCCCUUUGAGAUGAAGAUCCUCUGCAGUCCCGAGGCCUUCAGGGUGGCGGUGAACAACAUCCCCCUGUUUGAGUUCCGGCACCGGAUCCGAGAGCUCAACCAGAUCGACCGGAUCAACAUCUUAAACGACGUCAUCCUCACUUACAUCAACGUGGAGACGCUGCCUUAAGGACUGAACUGCUCCUGACACUAACUCUGCAAAUGUGCACACAUAGGCGCCUUUUCUAUGCAAGAGCUUGCAGGUACUAAAACUGUUCUGUUUUUAAAGAAGCUUUAACGUAGCUCAGUUUUAUUAAAGACUGACGCUGAGGUUAAUGCAGAAUAAGCACAACGUACAGUUUAUUGCACACACGUAUUUAUUCGUCUGAUUAAAGAUGCGUCUGUUUUUACUGUGUGUGAUGUUUUCUACUAACAGACGUUUUACUGAGAAUUAAACCUGUUGAAAUAAUUUCACCACUUUUAACCGCCGAGACUAUCAAAUAAAAUCAUGAGCAAGA